CUAACCCAUUCAAUCAUUCCUCCUCCUUCACCCAACCGAUAAUCAGUCACGCUCUCACCUACCCCACACCACCAAAAGAAGCAUCCUUUUUUUCGAUUUUGUAAAUGAAUAGACAAGAAAUUAAAUGAAAAGAAUAGUAGGAGAGAGAGAGACGAGCGAGUAGCAGAGGUUAUGGAGAAGAAGCAGGGAGCAGAAACAGCAGCAUCGUCGACCAAGUCGAGGACUGGGGAGCUGAAUCUUCCGCUUCAUGUGAUCGGAUUCGAGGUUGAAGAGUUAUCCCCACAAAAAGUCACAGGCCGGCUUCGUGUAACCCAAAACUGCUGUCAGCCAUUCAAGGUGCUGCAUGGAGGGGUAUCGGCUCUGAUAGCUGAGGGGCUGGCAAGCAUGGGAGCCCACAUGGCUUCGGGUUUCCAGAGAGUGGCUGGGAUUCAACUUAGCAUCAACCAUGUGAAGCGCGCUGAGCUUGGUGAUCUUGUUCUCGCUGAGGCCACCCCUGUUAAUGUUGGCAGAACCAUCCAGGUGUGGGAGGUGCAACUCUGGAAGGUUGAUCCUUCAAAUUCACAGAGCAAAUCCUUGGUAGCAUCGUCUAGGGUUACUCUUCUAUGUAACAUGCCUGUGCCGGAGCAUGCAAAAGAUGCCGGUGAUAGUCUCAAGAAGUAUGCCAAAUUGUGAACCUGCUGUACUAUAUAUUUGCAUAAUCUUGCAAGCAAUGAAUGAAAGCAUCAACAAGAUGAAGAAUUUGCUUGA